AUGUCCCUCGACGGCCGAGCCUUGCGGCGCUGUCAUUGCGUCUUCCAUCCCGCUCCAAGAGAUCAAACUCGUCAAAGGGAGUUGACUCUGGCUCCGGACCUACGUGCGCAAAAGCUGUGGGAGGCGCUGCUUGCCCUUCCCGAUGAAAUCACAGCGCAGAUCCUCUGUUAUCUUUCUCUAGCCGACAUUUUCGCCCUUCGGUUGGCCUCUCGCUCCGUCCAUUCGUACCUGCAAUACCACGCGGGCCCCAUCACCCGGUCACUUCUCCUCCAGAGUGCCUACGAGCAUACCACCGACUAUGAGGGUUGUGUCGACCACGACAAGGCGGGGUAUCUAUACGACUAUAUCCACACCAUCUACCCGCCUCCACGGCCAUGUACUUCGUUUGACUAUCUGCUGCGGACCCUGAAACGACAAGCUCAGGUGCAGAAGAUGUUGCAGGUGUUGACAAACUGGCUGCAAAUGAAGGUCUAUGUGCUGCCCAAGUUCAAAAGAUGUGACAACUUCAACCCUUACAAACACAGGCUAAUGCGGAGGCUGCACGUGGCGGCGUGGACCAUGUACCAUUUUCUCGAGGGCUAUCGGACUAUUCUGGUCUCGGAACAUCCCAGCCACAAGGCCGGACCGGGCGUCCCUGGCAGUGAGGUUGCUGAUGGUAGAUGCUCUAGGUGUCUCCAAUCCGUCAGGAAACUCCUACGCGUCUACCCCGGGACGGAGCUUGUCCCGGCUUAUCAUUUCUACGGGCUGUGUCGGCAGCACCUGCACGCUCUCAGCAGGGCUCCAUCGGCCGGGAGACUUCGGGCGAAAAGGUCGCCCAGCGACGCGGAUCUGAUCCAGUUCAUCGUGCUCGGUGGCGUUGCCGAGCUGUGUAGGUUGAGCUUGCUAAAGGGAUCUUCCAACCAACGCAUCGAGGUCAUUGCCAAUUUCGUGGACAAGGUCUCGAGUGCAGCAAUCCAGCAGAGGAUACGCGCCAAUGCACCACCCUCAUCCACAGAUGCCGACGGCAAACCGCCCUUUGACGACCUGGUCGCUCCUCUGCAGACCCCAUUCCACCUCAUCCACCACAGCACCAUAUCCAGCUUGCCAGCAUUGCAGGACUUUGUCACCGGCACCGAAGAGUGGGUCACGGAGAUGUACGUCAGGUUAUGCCCAGGUGAUCAGAUCGUCAGUGCCUGGGGAUUCAUCACAAAUAUCCUGAAUGGGAAGAGCGAAGGGAGCGCAGGGGCAGAAGAGAGGCGCCGACCGAAAGGUGCCGACAGUGAUCUCGACUUUCUAGCACCGGUGAAGGACUUUGAAGAAUGA